CUUGAAGAUAUUUUGGGUGAGAGAGAGAGAGGGAUGACCAGAGAGUGAGAGAGACGGAAGGGGAGAGGAAAGCGCAGAUCCAAAGGCAGAGAGACAACCCAGAAGCAGAAGCAUAAUGAACAGCACACAAGAAGAAAGUAGUGGCAAGAAACUACCAUGGAUCGAGUGUAUGUGGCCAGUCAUAGAACAUCUCCUACCUUGUAUAAUGAAUAGCAAAGAAGAAGAAGGACAAAGCAACAACGACAAAAAGGAACGUAAUGCAGGUGGUGAUGAUGAGGGAAGAGCAAUAAAAGGAAGUAGCAGCAACAGAAAGGUGCAAAUUGCAUGUGAUGAUGAUGAGAGAAAAGUAAUGAACAAUAACGUAGAUGGAAGCAACAAUAACGAAAAUGCACAUAUUGAAGAUGAUGAUGAGAGAGUAAAGAACGUUAAAAAAGAAGGAAGUAGCAACAACAAAAGGUUGAAAAUUCUAGAUGAUGAUGAUGAUGGCGAUGAUGAUGGUGAUGAGAAAAGAGAAAUGAACGUUGAAGAAGGAGGAGCCAUUUGCAACAAAUGGUCACAAGUCGGAAUGAUGUUUUGGGUUUCAUUCUAAAACACUUAGGGGUCAUUGAUUACCUUCAAACCCUAUAUUUAUGCUUUAGUUGGAGAUCCACAAUUAUUAAAUGCAUUGCUAACAAACAUUGUCUUCCAUCACCUGAUCUGUCACUUCUUUUUCUUCAAACAAUUGACAUGGAAAACCUUCCCAUCUUCGACUUGCCCAGAGGAAGAGUCUUCAUCUCCACAAGGUUUCCACACGAAUUCUUCCAUCAUUGCUAUGGCACAAUAGAAGGUUGGAUGAUCAUGGUUGAAUCUAUCAACAAUUCUUUUGAUAAUGCUCAAGAAACUGAUGCACGAAUCUUCUUCUUCAACCCCAUAACAAAUGCUAAGGUCUAUAUGUCAUCAAGGUUGAAAGUAAAAAGUAAAAUUGAGAGUAUUGUGGCAUCAACAGAACCCAAUGACCCAAACUGUGUUGUGGUGUGUCUCUUUUAUCGUCACUUUGUGUUUGCAUUUAGUUGGAUUACUAAUGAGUCAUGGACUAUCAUUGAAGAUGUGUCUACAGCAUUGGCAUUCUUGCAUGUAGAGAUUAUUGACGGAAAAUUGUAUGCUUUGACCCACUCAGUAUUAAAUUCUAUAGUUUUUUAUGAUUUGCAAAAAGAACCCGUAAAACCUAGAAUAUUAGCAAGGCUUCUUGAAAUAGGAUUUGCUAUAAUAAGACAGAAAAUGAGUCCUCUUGACUUCCUUUAUGAUGGUGAUGGUUGCAUUAUUAAUUCUUGGGAAGCUCAUGGUGACAUUCUUAGUACUUUGGCGGUUGAUUCUUCAU